CGGGCAGAGCGGGGCUCGGGUGUCCAUGGGCACAGCCCCCAGGCCCCGCCCGUGCUGAGCGCCGUCCCGGGGGCAGCAUGGCCAUGAAGAAGGUGCCCUUCCGCUCCGAGGUCCUGGCCUGGGAUCCUGACAGCCUGGCGGACUAUUUCAAGAAGCUCAACUACAAGGACUGCGAGAAGACCGUGAAGAAGUUCCACAUCGACGGGGCUCGGUUUCUGAACCUGACAGAGAACGACAUCCAGAAGUUCCCCAAGCUGCGGGUGCCGAUUCUCAUCAGGCUAAGCCAAGACAUCAACAAGAACGAGGAGAGGAGGAGCAUCUUCCCUCGCAAACCUCAAGUGCAGCGGUUUCCGGAAGAAACAGAGAGCCACGAGGAGGACGACGGGGGCUGGUCAUCCUUUGAAGAUGACUAUGAAAGCCCCACUGAGGACCAGGGCGGGGAGGACGACGGUGACUACGAGAGCCCGACCGAGGAGGAGGCGCCCCCGGUGGAGGAUGAUGCUGACUACGAGCCCCCGCCGUCCAACGACGAGGAAGCGCUCCAGAACUCCAUCCUGCCCGCCAAGCCCUUCCCCGACUCCAUGUACAUAGACCGCCCCCACACCGGGAAAGGCGCCCAGCAGCCCCCCGUGCCCCCACAGAGGACCAUGGCGGCCCUGCCUCCCCCGCCUGGCGCCCGGAACCAUGGGCCCCUCCCGCCGGCCCAGCCCAGCCCGCAGGAUCCGGGCAGGAGCAGAAACCACAGAACUCCCAAGCUGCCGGCUCCUUCCAUCGACAGAAGCACGAAGCCCGCGCUGGACUGGUCCCUGGCUCCGGCCGACCGAGAGCCCUUCCUGCCUGGGAUGAAGCCAGCGUUUCCCAACAAGCCCCCUACCCAGGAAGGCAGGUCACACGGGGAGUUUUUACCCAAGAUACAGAAGCCUCCUCUGCCAGCAGCCCCGGAAAGGCACGACAGCAGUCGCCCUCCCCUGGCCACCAGGCCACCUGUGCCCAGGCACGCGUGGGGACCCGGCAGAAGAGAGAACGAUGAAGACGAUGCUCUCCAGAGACCUCUGCCCCAGCCGGCCGCGGCCCCCAAGACGGCCAGCCCUUUUCCUUCGAGGUAUACUAAGGCCGCCUCCAACCUCUCCCUCCCCGCAGUGCACACGCCUGCAGCGCUCUCAGAAAGUCACUUCCAGCACAGCAACUCCCUGCCACCGUAUUUCUCUCAAGGCCCGGGCGGCAGGCCCCCUCCGCGAGUGGAAAGCAGGCCCGUUCCCAGCAAGCCCCGGCCACCAGCUCCUGGGGAAGAGAAUUCAUUGAACCAAGAGUGGUACGUUUCUUAUAUCACCCGACCGGAAGCAGAAGCUGCUCUUAGAAAGAUAAACCAGGAUGGCACUUUUCUGGUGAGAGAUAGCUCUAACAAAACAAUAAGCAACCCCUAUGUCCUCAUGGUACUGUACAAAGGUAAAGUUUACAACAUCAAGAUUCGUUACCAGGAGGAAAAUCAAGUUUACCUGCUGGGAACUGGUCUCCGAGGGAAAGAGGACUUUUUGUCUGUGUCGGCUAUUAUCGACUACUUCAGGAAAAUGCCACUUCUGCUCAUUGAUGGGCAAAACCGAGACUCCAGAAACCAGUGCACGCUGACGUACUCUGCAGGCCAUCCCUAGCGAGCCAGCUUGAGAAGGCCCCUUCCCGCCUGUGUUGUCAAUAUGGGAACAUCAACCCUGGUGAACGAACAAACACUCCGAACUGCACUGAAUCCUUCGACAGAAACAACAGUUUAUGGUUUCAAAAAAUGGUUUGAAAUGAAGACUAUCAAGUAUCCCAUAACUUAUUCUUUUUCAAUAUGAAGUUCAUGAGUAAUUGAUAUUCAUGCCUAAGUUGAGUAGGCAUGAAUGUCAUUACUAUAACAUACUAUAAUAAGUGGGUUUUUUUUUACUGUCCAUUUUUGAACAACCACUUCUCAUAGUAGCUUAUGUGGUUAAGUAACUUGGGUUACUUAUAUGAAUAAGAGAUGCUGAAACAGAAACCAUUUAUGGUAUUAUAUAAAAUGAUUUUUGUUAGAGUAAAACCUUGCCAAAGACAGUUUUAUAUCUGUAAGAAAAUUACUAAAUUUUCUCAGCAACAAUAACAAAAUUAAGAGGCUUCCAAAAUAUUUUAGCCUUUCUCAUUUGGUGCUUUUUGCUGAGGAUAUGUUUUGUACAAUUUUUUAUGAAAAGAUAAAUCAGUUUUAGAAUAACUUCCUGGGAUUAAAAUUCAUUUGUCUUCAGAUUUUGGAGUUAUAUUAUUUUACUGAUGUCGCUCAGCCCAUACUAUUGUUAAUAUCUUAAAGCAAAUAUAACCCCAUAAAGUCACUGUCACUGUCAUCCCGUUGCUCAUCGAUUUGUUCGAGCUGGCACCAGUAACGUCUCUCAUUGAGAGACUUAUUGUUACUGCUUUUGGCAUAUCCAAUAUGCACGGGUAACUUGCCAGGCUCUGCCGUGCGGGCUCAAUACUCUCGGUAGCUUGCUGGGCUCUCCGAGAGGGGCGGAGGAAUCGAACACGGGUCGGCCUCGUGAAAGGCAAAUGCCCAACCACUGUGCGAUCGCUCCAGCCCAACCCCAUAAAGUACCAAGAGAAAACAUUUUAGUGAUGAGACUUCGCGUCAAACCUGGAUCUCCACACCAGAAAGCCCCAGGCAAGCCCACGCCCACCUUCCUCCCAAGGUGCUGUCAUGCCCUGCAGAUGUGACCAACGUCCUCCUGGAGCUAUGGGAAAGCAGAAAUCUGACCCGACGCUCCCACCAAGGCUCCCUCUUCCCCCUUCUUGCUUUAUGCUCCUGGGACUCUGGCCCAAGCCCUGCUCAUCUUUCCCGCAGGCCUUCGUAACCCUUCAGCAAUCCACUCACUCAACAUCACAGAAAGGAGUAGGAGUUGAGCAAAACAAAUCCCUGGCACUUGGCUGUUCAUCAAGCUUUUGCCUUUGUAGGACUUGGUUAUAACUUCAAAUAGCUUAUUAACAAAAAAUUAAGUUUUUUACUGCACUGUAGCACUGUCACCCCGUUGUUCAUCAAUUUGCUCGAGUGGUCACCAGUAAUGUCUCCAAAUUUCUUUUUACUAAAUAUACAAAU